CUUACAGAUGACAAAUGAGUAUUGUUGAUACCGACAGGGUCAUUUAGGUCAUUCUAAGUACCGAGGGAACAUAAAGAAUCUCCUACCACUUUGGGAGAUAAGGUUACUUCUUGAAUUCGCUUGUGUGUGUUCAAGAUUCACUCUCGCGUAGUAGCUCAAGUGAAAGUCAACGCAGCAACCAAGCAGAGCCCCAAGUCCCUUGAAAAAUGGCUUCACAUGACCAUGAUCAUCACCAUCACGACCACGAGCAAGGCCACAAGAAACCAGAAGGCGGCGGUGGUGACACGUCAUGGGUAGGACCGGACGGGAGGGUGUACCAUAGCCACGAUGGACUCGCACCGCACUCACACGAACCCAUCUACUCUCCUGGAUACUUCAGCCGCCGAGCUCCUCCUCUUAACGACCGUAACUUCUCCGAGAGAGCUUUCACCGUCGGUAUUGGCGGUCCUGUUGGCACAGGGAAAACAGCAUUGAUGCUUGCUCUUUGUAGAGUCUUGAGAGACAAGUACAGUCUUGCCGCUGUGACAAAUGAUAUAUUCACCAAAGAGGACGGUGAGUUUCUGGUGAAGAACGGAGCUCUUCCUGAAGAAAGGAUCAGAGCCGUUGAAACCGGUGGAUGUCCACACGCAGCCAUCCGUGAAGACAUCAGUAUCAACCUAGGUCCUCUUGAGGAGUUAUCAAACUUGUUCAAGACUGAUUUGCUUCUUUGUGAAUCUGGUGGAGAUAACUUGGCUGCUAAUUUCAGCAGAGAGCUGGCUGACUAUAUCAUCUACAUCAUCGAUGUGUCGGCUGGUGAUAAAAUACCACGUAAAGGCGGUCCUGGCAUCACUCAAGCUGAUCUUCUGGUGAUAAACAAGACAGAUCUCGCAGCAGCUGUUGGAGCUGACUUAUCUGUCAUGGAAAGGGAUGCUCUACGCAUGCGUGAUGGAGGUCCAUUCGUCUUUGCUCAGGUGAAGCAUGGGCUUGGGGUUGAAGAAAUAGUCAACCACGUCAUGAACUCAUGGGAGCAAGCAACUGGGAACAAGCGCCAUUAACCACUUCUUAAGAACUGAAUAAAACUCGGUUUAUGCGUUAGAAGCUUAUGUAUCAAUCAGUUCGUUGUUCUUUUAUGUAUCUCUGUUUGUUGUUGUCGUACUCAAGACAGUAAGAGAAAUAAAGGUUUUAAGAGCACGAGACUCAUCAUUA